AUGAUAUCCAAUUAUUUCAAGAGACUGAAGAAAAGUCCAGCAAAAAAUGUUGAUGGGGACUCUAUUGAUAUUGAGGUUAAUCAAACCCCAUUAGAAGAAGAAACCCCACAACAGAGACAACAACACCAAGAAAAAGAAGCAAGGAGUUUGUUACGAAUCAUGGAGAAUUUUGAAUUCGUAUUUUUGUUAUUCUUGAUGAAGAAAGUAUUAGGAAUCACAUAUGAACUGUCACAAGCAUUACAAAGAAAAGAUCAAGAUCUCCUUAAUGUCAUGCAGUUUGUACAAAUUUCGAAGUGUUGGUUGCAUAAAUUGAGAAAUGAAGACACUUGCUUCGACAUAUUGUUGAAAGAAGCUUAUAAUAUGUGUAAAGAUAAUGACAUACCAAUCCCGGAGAACAUGGAAGAUAAUUUUGGGAGGACAAAACGAGGAAUUGCUCCAAUUACAAAUAAAUAUCAUUUUAAGGUGGAAUUGAUGUACACAGUUUUAGAUAACAUUCAAGAAGAACUCAAUAAUCGUUUUGAUGAAGUAAAUAUGGAGUUGCUUCAGUGUAUGGCAUCUCUUGAUCCAAGUAACUCUUUUGCUGCAUUUAAUAAAGACAGAUUACUUGAGUUUGCAAAGUUCUAUCCUACCGAUUUUCCUCAACACGAUAUUUGGUUGCUCAAUAAUCAACUUGAAAACUAUUAUGAGGAUGUUAGCACCAAUGCCAAUUUCACUCAUGUUGAUGGGAUUGCCGAUCUUGCAAAAAAAAAAAAUGGUUGA